AAUUAUCAUGUUUUUAUGAUUCUUGGUUAUAAUAAUAAUUACCUUUUUCUUCUGAACCAGGAUGUUUUCAAUCAGCUCAAUUCUGAGACUAAAGCUGUUGUUCUUCUCUCUAACCAGCCAAGUCUAUGCGAAACCAACAAAUUUAUUAAGAAAGCGCUUCAAACAUGUCCUCAGCUCUCCCUAGGAGGUGGAGUAGGAGACCUAAGCUGGUCAACUCACAGCACUUCUGAUAUAUCUUCUAUCCUCGCAACACUAGUGGACUUCGACCGAUUUUUAGAGACAGAGGAAGUCGAAGGAAAUGAACCUGAUGAAGAUGAAGCCCGGCACCCCCAUCAAUUAACUGUAGGGAUUAAAUUUGCUGGUAGUAUACAGUCAUCUACUCUUCUCAUUUCCAGUCAAGUAAGAACAGAGAAGGGGGUAGAGAAGAGACUACUAGAACACAAGACUAAAGUCAAAGAGGAGAAUUGCUUGGCUCUCAUGUUUGCCUGCUGUGGACGAGGAAAGGGUCUAUACAGAGGAAAAAAAGACGUAGAAUCGAGAGCUUUUAGACGAGUUUUCCCGUGUAUCCCCCUCAUAGGUAUAUUCGGCAAUGGUGAAAUAGGGAUGGAUACGUCCAAACCUAAACCUCAGGUUGUGAAGGAGAGAGACUUUAUCCAUGGUUACACAACAAUCUUUUUCUUCAUCUCCUACUCUGGAUAAAUAUGUCCUACCUCUACAGUCUACAGAAUAGAAAGACGACAUUAUAGCAUUUGUGAAGUGUAUUUGAUGUUAUUCAAAGCAUAUAGCU